CGUGGGUAACACAGCGUCAAAACACGAUUUUGCGGACUCUAGACCCUAAUAAUCAUAUAAAUAGCCAUCAUGCGCCUUUUUGAUUGUAUUACAGCAUAUCGUAUAUACAUACUCGGAGUCCUCAAUUUCUUAUGAUUCAAUAGCAUUUCUACCUUUCUUUAAAAAUGCCUCCUCCACAUCUUCUACUCCUCACGCUCUUCCUAUCCAUCUCCAUCAAUUUUGCCAAACCCCUAGACCCCCGACUCCUCUGCACAUCCCAAUCCCAACCCAACCCCAUCUCAAACCAACACCCCAACAACGCCACUGGAACUAUAAACGGCACCUUCGCCAUCCUACCCAUUCCGCGCUCCCUCGCCCGCUCCCUCAUACCCUCCAAAUACGCCAUCCUCACGUCCGCCAUCUCCGCCGAGCUCCCGCACUUCCUAUAAGACAUGUACCCCUGCAUGCUCCAAGCCGUCCACGACCACGGCAUCGGCAUGGCCGCUCUCAACUUCUCCGUGUCCGACUUCUCGCGCGCAGGCAUCGAAUUCCCCUUCCUCGAUCUACUGGGAGACGGGUUCACGAGCUUCAGAUGGGCGUCGGAGCUCCUCAUGACGGCGUCGAACGCGGUCGCGAUCAGCGGCACGGUCGCGUACGGCACGCUCGUGCAUCCCGCGACGUUCGAGCCGACGUGCGACGCGUAUGCCCCUGCGCCGGAGCGCGAGGGCGCAGGCGCGACGACUUUCGGGGCGGCUAGUGUUCUGCCUGGUGCCGCAGGCAUCAAGUCGUUGUUCAAGCCGUUAGGUGAUGGGACUGAGAGUCCGUACUCGGAGGCGUUUUGGAGGAACGUGACGAACCAGCCGAGCUUUGCGAAUGGGCUCACGUGCGAUGAGAUGGUGCGGUACUUUAAUACGAGUGUGUCGACGGGGGAAAAUGCGCCGGUGCCGGUGAGGGGGAGGGUGGAGGCGAAGUUGCAGACGUUCAAGGGGGGAAAGGUGUGGAAAGGGGUGUAUGGGAUUAGGUUGGAUACGAGUUUUGUGGAGAAUAAUUAUUUGAGCUGUGAGAGUUUGAGGGGGUAUGGGGGGAGGACAUGA